UCGGCACGUAGGAAGAAAUGCUUGUUUAUACGGAUUGAUAUUAUUUUUAAAGAAAAAAAAUAGAUACGAAGAGCAACGCAGUUUAGAAGAUGGCUGCACCUUAUUUGUGGGUAUCCUGUUACUUAUAAACAAGACGGGUCAACUAGGAAGUUAAUAUUCAGGGGCAUGCGUUCAUAGCCCCGCUUUCUCCCCUCUGUGUAGCACACUGGCUCUUACCUGUAAAACGUGCACAGGUGUAAACAUUUGGACCCACGCCACUGUCGGAUAUCUGCCGAGGGACAACUUUGAGUGAUCACGUAUUGAUGAUGACGACGAAGCCUGACAACUCCCCCAGCAUGGGUAACAAGAUUGUAAAGGGCCUCAAGGCCAACCUCCUCAUCAUCCUCAUGAUCAUCGCUGUCAUCGUUGGCCUUGGCCUCGGGUUCGGGCUGCGAGGCGUCUGGACACCGUACGAAACUAGAAAAAUCUUCUACCUCCGCUUUCCCGGAGAUCUGCUGAUGAACAUGCUCAAGAUGUUGAUUCUGCCUCUAAUUGUGUCCAGCCUCAUCACCGCCAUGGGAAGUCUCGACACAAACGCUUCCGGUCGAAUGGGCCUGCGCACUGUGGUGUAUUACAUGACGACCACGUUCUCGGCUGUGAUACUGGGAAUUGUAUUGGUGGUGACCAUACAGCCGGGGCACAAAGGCUCCAAAAACAUCACCAAGGCGGGGAGCCCCAAGGAGGCGGAGCCGCUGGACGCUCUGUUCGACCUGAUUAGAAAUUGUUUCCCUGACAAUCUGAUAGAGAGCGCUUUCAAUAAGCAAGUGACGUCAGUCGGCAAAAAGAAUGUUACACUCAAGAGUCCCACCCCAUCCAAUAUCACUGAGGCUGUCUCUACUUUGGCCAUGAACCUUACUAGCAAUAGCACGGGAGAUAACUCCACCGAUACAGGCGUCACAAUGUUUGAGGUGGACACGAUGAGCGUCACCAAGGCGUCAGGUAUGAACAUCCUGGGUAUCGUGGUCUUCUCGCUGUUCCUAGGGGGCGUCCUGUCCAAGAUGGGGAAGGAUGGCGCCCCCCUCGUCAAGUUCUUUGAGUGCCUUCAUGUCGCCACCAUGAAGCUCGUCACUCUCGUCAUUUGGUACUCGCUGGUUGGGAUCGUGUUCCUGAUCUCCGCUAAACUGGUGGAGAUGGAGGAUUUGGACGCCAUGUUUGAACAGCUGGCCUACUACAUGGUAACGGUGCUGGCCGGCCUCUUCAUCCACGCCUUCAUCGUCCUCCCGCUAAUCUACGUCAUCUUCACCAGGAAGAACCCCUUCAGAUUCAUGGUGGGCAUGAUCAAGGCCAUACUGACAGCCUGGGGAACGGCGUCCAGCUCUGCUACUCUCCCGCUGACCAUGCGCUGUCUGGAGGAGAACAAUGGCGUGGACCCCCGUGUGACUAUGUUUGUGACCCCCAUUGGAGCCACCAUUAACAUGGACGGCACAGCGCUGUAUGAGGCCGUCGCCUCCAUCUUUAUUGCUCAAUAUAUCGGUCAGACACUCAACGUCGGAGAAGUUAUCAUUGUGAGUCUCACAGCAACAGCUGCCGCCAUUGGCGCCGCCGGCGUCCCACAAGCCGGACUGGUUACCAUGACGAUUGUGCUGACGGCGGUCGGUCUGCCAAUCAAUGAAAUCACGCUGAUUCUGUCCAUUGACUGGUUCUUAGAUCGAUUUAGGACAGCAGUAAACGUCCUUGGUGACGCCUAUGGCGCGGGAAUAGUGGAACAUCUCUCGCGGAACGAUAUAGUCAAAGUUCCGGAAGUUGAGAUGGAAGUUUCUAAGGAGCAGAGAAACGGAUUCCACAACGCAGAGUCCGGCAAGGAGAAGAUGGAUACUAGAAUGUGAACGCUCAAUUUUUACAAACAUUUUAUAUCCUCAAACCGUAGAGACCUAGAGCUGAUCAGCGGUUGUCACGUGAUCACUACGCCAGUGCUUCAUGCACUCAGAGAGAGGCUCAGAAUUUAUGUCACCAAAGUGGUGAUUUUUUGCAAUGCAGCAUACUUUGUCAUUUUUAUGGUAUUUUUUUUUUGAUUUUUGUUAAUUUACCCUUUGUUAUUUUUUUCACUGUAUUCAUAUGUUGUGAUCUUUCUCUGUUUUAGAAAUAUGUCAUUUGUAUACGAAGAUAAAUAGAUAAACUUUAUAUAGUAAGA